AUGACCGUUCAAGACAAGACUGUUUACGAAAGAGUGCACUAUGUAUAUUGCCGGAAUGAAGACUCUUUUUUGAAUUGUCGUAUCCAAAAAGAGGCGACGAAAAGUGAAGCUGAAGCUUGGUCCUGCUUACAGAAGGCAGAAGCAUUAGAUCCCAAAAUAAGUUCCGAGUUGCUGGACAUGACAAUUAAAGGGUGUAGCGAGUUGAUGUUCUUUGAGAAACGCGCUGGUAACAUAGUUGUCGGAGUUGCAACGGAAGUGUUCGAGCCAACUGUGUUUGACGCUUGGUUCUUGCAAACGAUUCUUGAGAAUGGAGAUUUCUCUUUCAAUAGAAAAGUAUCGGGGAAGUUCAAAGAGCUGGCGGUCGAGUUUACUGAGAUCUUUGAAAAUUCGAUUAAAAAUGCAGCUAGAGUUGACAGGUGGGAAGAAGGACGCGAGAGUUUCAUCGAAAACGUUCGGUUUUUUACAUCGAGGCAAAUACCAAUCGAGGCUGUUCUCCCAGCUUUCCCUUGCAAAACACAAAAUCGUGACAAGGCUCAAGAGGGUAAGCCUGAUAUGGGCGAGGAGCUUGCUCUCAGAAGAAUUAUAGACUUUGUUCAAGCCGUCAACAAGGUGUAUGCUCCCGGUAUGAAAUUCUACAUUGUCAGCGAUGGACAUGUCUUUAGCGAUUGCAUAGGUGUCGACGACAAUGUGGUGGAUACGUAUACGGCUCAGCUUAUUGAGAUGUAUGAGCGGAUCAAACCUGAAGAUUUUAACGGAAUCUUUUUCAAAGGACUUAACGACUGCUUUAAGUCAAGCUCAAAAAACGUUAUUGCCACUCAUUUGGAAGACAUCAAAAUCGAUCAUCACUUGGACACAAUGGUAGAUGAAGAAACUGACGUCAACCGGAAAAUUCUAAUGUUUGGAUGUGACGACAAUGACAAUCUUCUUAGAGAGCAAAUCAAGACUCCUGGACAUGCUAGGCUUUUCUUAUACCGGGGUUUCAACAAAUUCAUGUCUGAAGAUUUGGGGCGGACAACUGCAGCGCAAAAAAUGUCUGGCAAGAAGUUCAAAAAGAUGGUUUCGCUAGUCUCAUACGAGAUGAUAAGACGUAACGACGCGUACUCAAACUUGGUGGAGUUGGUGUUUCCAUUCCACCUCAGAUUGUCGAUUCACGCCCAUCCAAACUGUGGCCCUAAAUUUGGUAUCAGAUUGUUGAACCCAGAAAUCUGCUCGACUGGUUGUCACAAUCAAGACGAAGAGGACAGGUUAUUACACAUUCCCACACCAUGGCAUAAUGCCAUUUUUAAGGUGAGCGACGCACCCAAAAUGAUUAUUUCCCCGGCAAAGCUUGCACGCGAAUAUGAAGAAAACGAAGGAUACACUGGAGGUUGGGAUGAAGCCCAAAGAUGCUUCGUCUUCACUCGGGAAUAA